AUGGCAUUCACCUGCCCCCAAGACGACCUGACACGGCUUAACUUUGGCCACCCAGACCACAACAACCUCAGCGACAGACAGUACUUUGCCUGGGCUCUCAGGACGGAGACCAAGAUCAGAUUUGGAAAGCUGGAAGCCCGACAUUCACCAGCAUCAGAAUACCAUUCAACCACUUUGAAGUCGGACUUUCUGAUUGAUGUCUACCCAUCAUCAUCUGGUGGUGAAUACGAGGUGUUCGCCAAUCAAUGGGAACGUGACAAGAGCGCCUUUGAAAGAAAGCCGGUGGAUUCCUUGCGGGAGACCAAGACGCCGGAUGGAACUUUGAGACCGAUCCUGAUUAAUGGAUAUCAACAAAUGCCACACGCUUUGUCAUCCAAUCCGGACAACCAGGAGGGCACUCUGCCUGUUCCCCCCAACUUCUAUACUUUGAAAUGUGCCUAA